AUCACGAAGACGCAUUUAACACACAGAACUGAACGUAACUGUUGAAGAGUUAAGCUCGAACUUGACAUGAAGUAAUUGAAAAUGCAUUUCAAACGCGCGCCAGCCACACACUGUGCAGGAAGUAGUAACGAGCAUCGCCUGGUAACGAGGCUUCCAGUCCAAACAAAGCAGCCCUAAUGUCCAAGUCUCGGAGCUCGACAGUCCGCCAGCCGGCGUGUAGUAACGCGGAGGGGCCGUGUGGCAUGUGCCCCUCCUGUCUCUUCUCCAGCCCUAGACCGAGCCAGCCCACGCCGCUGCUGGACCUGUGGAAGAUUACGGACGAGUCCCGCCGGAGCUUCGUCGUGGGUCUGGUGGUGCGGUGCAGGAGCGUGCCGGUCCUGGAGAACAUCCAGAGCUCGCUGCGCCUCACCUCGUGGAACUUGCUCAACUACGCUCCGUCCAAGGGCAAGACGCUGCCGGAGCUUUACGCGCGGCUCAACCGCAAGACGCGGCCGUCGCUCCUGAUCCGGGAGAUCUGGGAGUGGUUCGACGGCAGCCCGGAAUGGGUUCAGACGCGCUACCUUUGCCUGCUGCUGCUGCGCUGCGACCCGGAGCUGCUGAGCAUGGCCAAGCAUCUCAUCGGCGUGGUGGUCACCAGGCUCCAGCGACAACUGGACGUGAAGUGUUGCAGUAGUAAACAACCGGCCAGCGAGGACGAUUCAGCAGAGGAUGCGGUACUUUCUGUUCUUCCAGUCCCUCCCUCGAAGUCUUCAUUCGGACUCGGCAAACCCCGAGACUUCAUCGGCAUCCUUCCCGCCGAACUCUCAAAGAGGAUUCUGGGGCUGCUUGACGAGGCGACGCUGAAGCGUUGCAUGAAGGUGUGCAAGGACUGGAGGCACCUAGCAGGAGAGACCAUGGAGGAGAUGCGUUUCAGGAGGCUCUACCAGGAGCAGGUGGAGGCGAUGAUGAAGCGUUACAAAGGCGUUCAUAUGGUGAGUCCUUCCUACGCCAGGAUGGUGGACGUCGCGGUGCCGGCCAAGCACCACGAGAGUGGGGAUGUGAAGUCGACACAUCUAUGGCCCUUUGAAGAAGCCUACGCCAACAUCAGAACCAGAACUGUGCGGAUGGAGGAGCGCAACAUUUACUGCGGCGCAUAUUUUACCUCUGUUCUGAUUGACGAUGAAGACCCUCAUCGCGUGGUGGACUACAAGGGCGGGCCCCUGCUGAGCACUGCGUCCAAGGAUCGCGCCGUGCGCCUACUGUACGUAGCGACCGCGGCCAAACACGUGGCGCUGAUGAAGGGCCACGUGGGCAGCAUCCGCGUUGUCCUGCUCUGCCCCGAGCGCCACCUUGUCAUCACGGCCAGCUGCGACUCCAGCAUCAGGUGUUGGAGCGUGAGGACGGACCAGUGUGUGUUGGUGCUAUAUGGUCACUCCAGCAUGAUCAACUGCCUCGACAUUCACGCCGAUAGACUGGUGUCCGGGGCCAAAGACUGCACCGCCAAAGUGUGGAGUCUGCAGACUGAAAAGCACCUGGAGGACUUUAACUUCAAGCACCGCAGUUCUGUGCGUUGCGUGAAGAUCAACGCCACUGCUGUGUUCAGUAGCUGCGACAGAGGAGUUGUCAAACUGUGGGACGCCGAGAAUGCUUCGCUGCUCAGGGUGAUCGACGCCCACGGCAGUGCUGUGCGAUGCAUGUUUGUGGACGAGUGGCACCUUCUGACAGCUGACACCAAUGGUCAGGUGAUGGCGUGGAGCAGCAGAUGCGAAACCAAAGGAUGCCUCAUGACCUUCAGUCAUCCAAAGGAGGUCAAGUCUCUGACGCUGGCUUACCUUCGAGUGGUUACCGGCUGCGUGGACGGAAAGAUCCGCAUCUUCAACUUCCUGACGGGAGACUGCCUAAGGACCAUCCUGGUGGAGGCGGAGACCACCGGUCGCAUGCUGUCGCUGCAUUUUUGCGAGAACAACAUUUUAGUCAACGCCACUUCCUGUGUGAAGCUCUACCAGUUUGCCAAAGUCUUCUGGGAUUAUGAUGAACCGGCGGACAAGGCACGCAACGGUGUGGACGGUGGUGAGGCAUCCAAACAGGAGCCUCCCUCCAACUCUGCCAGGGCGAGUCAUAUGGAGCAAGUCGCACAGCAUUGGAAAAGCCUCCUUCACCCUUUGACGCCCGACGCCGGCAAGCGAACGCGCCGCAUGGACAAGCUCAGCAGCCCACACUCGGAGAAAAGCUUGCUUCACUGCCACCGCCGCAGGCCCUUGACAUCUGUCCGAAACCCGCAGCGACCUGCCAAUCAAAGUUUGACAAACAGACUCCCCCAUCUGCAGCGAGAUCAUCCAGGUGGCAGGAAUACAAUGUGAAGGUUUGUUGUGUAAUUAAAAGUGGCUGUAUUAUGGAAAAUGUACUUUUAAAUGUUUGUAUCCCCUAUCCAAAUACUGUAGUUGGUGGUCUCUGGAGAGCUUACCCAAGUACAACA